CAGCACUGCCCUGAGCCAUGGUGAAGUACGGCCUUGACUACACGCGCUGCCGAUGGAUCCUACCCCUGCUCCUGGGCAUCGGGGUCAUCUUCGGCAUCAUCGCUCUGGCGGGCUGGGGCUGGCUGGAGUCGCAGACCUUGCCCUACGUGCUGCAAGCGUCGCUGUGGCAGAUCUGCAGGAGGCCUGACCAAGGCGGGGAAUGGAGCUGUGAUUCCCUCAUGGACUACGCCUGGGGAAGAGCCGCUGCUGCCACAUACCUGGUUGGCUUCCUACUUCUAGUCAUCUGUUUUGCACUGGCCAUCAUAGCAUUUGCCAUCGACACUCUUCGGUUCAACUUCAUUCGUGGGAUUGGAGGCUUGCUUUUCGUGGCUGCUGUGUUCUCCAUCAUGGGCCUGGUGAUUUACCCAGUGAAGUUCUCAUCUGAAAUUGAGAUGACAGGAGUCAAUAUGUUCAGCUGGGCCUAUGGCUUUGGCUGGACCACUGCCAUUAUGGAAAUAUGCCUGGGAUUCUUCUUCUGCUGCCUUCCUAACUAUGAAGAUCAGAUCCUGGGUAAUGUCAAGCCCACAUAUUUUUACUCUUCCCCAUAAGCACCAGGAAAAAUGUGUUCAUAUUCCAGAGAUACAUGACAGACUAGCUAUGUUUUUCAGAAUAUUCUCAUCAGAUGUUAGUAGAAAAGGCUGGAAACUUUUCUAAUGUGUGUAGAAAUACGCCACUGGCAUCUGCAGUAAAGUUAUCUACUCUAUUUUG